AAAAUGGUUCCCCUAAACACAUAAUUGAAAAGAGAAAAUAAAACGAGAUGGGGAGUUGUUUAUCUUCUUCUUGCUCCUGCAAAAACGCAUCUCCGAACUCAGUUCGCCUGGUUCACUUCAAUGGAUACGUGGAGGACUUUGAGCAUCCCAUCACAGCGACUCAAGUCAUCGGCAAUCCCCCGGAGCAGUAUCUCUGCACCCCCGCUCAGCUUUUGUCGACCGCUUCCCAGCCUUUGAACGCCGACGAUCCACUCCAACCGGGGCAGCUCUACUUUCUGCUGCCGUGGUCGACCUUACAAGACGACGUUUCUCCUCUCUAUAUGGCGUCCGUGGUGAAGAGGCUUACGGCCCGAGCCAAAUCCCAUGACGGGUCGACGAGGAUCAGACCGUUAUCGGCCGUGAACGGCGGACGGAUGAGAAGGGAGACGACGAGGUCAUGGAAGCCGUUAUUGGAUACCAUUAGAGAAGUUUCCUUUACCGGAAGGAGUGAAUCCGAUAUACAAGCGAUGCGUAUUAUUACAUCAAAUUAAGACCAUCGUAUGAACACACUCGAAUUCCAAUGGAU